AUGCUGGACUGGUGGUGGGCCGGUGGUAGUGAUCCGAGGUGGACUUACGUGGGGCCGGGUGUCAGAGUAGGAGAGCCAUUCCCUCGCAAUUUUAUCCGCACGAGGGAGCGGCGGGGAGCGGGCAAGCUCCCGCGGGAAGGCAGAGCAAUGGCGCAAUGGGGCAGCGCGGCGAGUCUGGACCGUUGGAUAGGGCAGUGGCGCUGCAGGUCGCCGCCGUCGCCGCGCCGGGCGUCGGUGCCGCCCGUGCCGCCGCGACAGGCAAGGAGGCUGUGGAGGAUCGGCUGCGCGUCCGUCCCACGGGAGCUCGGCGCCACGGCGGAGGCGGAGCUAGCAGACGGCGCGAGCUCGCUUGCUUUAGGAACUCAUGCUAUCAUGCAAGCUGAUUCUUCUCCACGCGUCUUCGUGACUCGUCCCAAGGAAGAAGGUGUAGUGUGCGAAGGGUGCAGCGGCGCAGGGUGGCUGCUCUGCGACUUCUGCAAGGGGAAGAAGAAGAACGUCAAGUCCGAGGGCAGCCGAGUGUACCGUCGCUGCCCGACCUGCAAAGCUGCGGGCUACAUUCUGUGCCCAAGAUGCAGGGUGUACAAGUGCAUCACCUUCCCAGGCAGCAAUGAAUCAUGACGGGCUCAGAACAGCGGAGCUAUUGGAUGAGACCAGCAUAUCUGAUCAUUUUGAUUUUUUUCCCUACCUUACUUGGAUGAGAGCAGCAUUCUCUGUACAUUUACCAUUUCUUAAAUGCCAGGCGAUGCUCUCCU